AUAGUGGAGUUUUAUACGAUACCAGCGUUCGGCAAACUCGACCGUUGUUCAGCCCAUCCAUCCAGCGGUUCGCUCGUGGGCUCGUGGGUGUCAUUAAACUCAUGGGUCCAGUGGAGUUCCCGAGAUCUCUGGUGCACUAUCCAUCGGGGCGGGCAGCCUUCCAUCUCAUCUUCCGAGCAACUCUAUCCAUCCAUCUGGCAUCUGGCAUCUGCCAUCCCAUCAUCCCCUCCCGUUUGGACGUGAUGUGGGUGUCUUGUGCGUGCCCGCAAAAGUCGAUUCGCAAAAAAAUUGUGGGAAUGCGGGCGCUUUUCGAGUGGGUUUGGGCCUGGUGGAGGAAGGAAACGCGUGAACGGUGGGCGGUGGGCGGUGGGCGGUGGACACGAAAGCGGGUUGUCUGUGGGUGGACGGGAUCGAUGGAAAACUCUCUCCAUUUUUUUUUCGUGGACCCUCCCGUCUGCUUGGGCUCUGCACAUGUGCGAUCCUCGGCGGUGGGGGUGGGCAGAAGAAGAAGUCCCAGUUUUCCCCGGUGCGCCCACCGCCCCUCCCGCGCCGAACGCUCCAAAAAAAAAAAAGUUCCCCUCCAUCAUCACUCGCUCCCGCGCGAACCACUUUUUAAGCCCCUUCUUUAUUCUUGCUGCUCCAGCGGCCGAGCUGCUAGAUCAUGUAGUGUCCCACGUAGCCGUAUGGAUGGAUGGUGCGGUGCCUGACCUCACUUGAAGCUACCCCUCUAUUUACCACCUUGGUACAUGUAUAAGGCGCGGGCGGCCA